AGGAAGUUUUGGUUGAAUUGACAGUUAGCCAUGGCGCUCGAUGUGAAAACAAGAGCCAAACGAUACGAGAAAUUAGACUUUCUCGGAGAGGGCCAGUUUGCCACAGUAUACAAAGCCAGGGACAAGACCAAUGACACGAUAGUCGCCAUUAAAAAGAUCAAGGUUGGCCAUAGAACUGAAGCUAAAGAUGGUAUCAACAGGACCGCACUUAGAGAAAUCAAGCUGCUGCAGGAGUUGCAUCAUCCAAACAUAAUCGGGUUGCUGGAUGCCUUCGGACACAAAUCCAACAUCAGUUUGGUGUUUGACUUCAUGGAGACUGACCUGGAGGUGAUCAUAAAAGACACUAGUCUGGUGCUGACACCAGCUCACAUCAAAGCAUACAUCCAGAUGACGCUGCAAGGGUUGGAAUACAUGCAUCACCACUGGGUCUUGCAUAGGGAUCUAAAGCCUAAUAACCUCCUGUUGGAUGGGAGUGGGGUGCUAAAGCUGGCUGAUUUUGGGUUGGCUAAAGCAUUUGGCAGCCCCAACAGAGCCUACACACAUCAAGUGGUCACCAGGUGGUACCGGGCCCCUGAGCUCUUGUUUGGGGCCAAGAUGUACGGUGUGGGUGUGGAUAUGUGGGCCAUGGGAUGCAUCUUGGCAGAGCUGCUUCUCCGGCUCCCUUUUCUAGCCGGGGAUUCUGACCUCGACCAGCUGACCAAGAUCUUCGAGGCCCUAGGGACCCCCACAGAGGAGACCUGGCCGGGGGUAAAAAGCCUGCCAGACUACGUGGCGUUCAAGCUGUUCCCAGGAACCCCUCUGGAGCACAUCUUCAGUGCGGCCGGGGACGACCUACUGGAGCUGCUGCUGGGGCUGUUCACCUUCAACCCCUCCACACGGACCACCGCCACGCAGGCGCUGAAGAUGAGCUACUUCAGUAACCGCCCCGGUCCUACUCCUGGACCACAGCUCCCCAAACCCAACUGCUCAGCCGAGGCACUCAAGGAGAGAGAUAACCCCAACAUAGGCUUCAAGAGGAAAAUAGAUGGUCUGGAGACGAGUAUGAUGAAGAAGAAACUGGUUUUCUGAGUGGGUCUAUCGGAGGAGGGCGCGGUCACCAUCCACCCCACCGGCAGGAGCAGGGGGCAUCAGCUCCAUGCGUGGCUCGAGUGCCGUAGGCUACAUUGAGAGGAGCAGUGAACACGGGUCAUGUGACUAGGAUCGGGUCAUGUGACUUGACUGAGGGGAACCCCAGCAUCCAUUGGGCUGCAGAGUCCUUGCAGAAGGCUCUCUCUUGGGUCAAGGAACCACCGUUAGUUCACUCACUACUCAUUGUAACGAUGAACAUGACUUGGGAGGAGAACUGGUUGUCCACUAUUUAUGACUGAAGAAAAAAGUGGCGAAAAAGCACUUUGUUUUAUUUCAAGUUGAUGUAUUUUUGUACUUAUGAUUUUCUAUGUGAUUCAGCAAUAAAUGGUGAGGAAUUGCA